AUGGAUCCUCCCGAGUUCGACCCUUCGGCAGCCAAUGGCGGUAAUACCCAUGAAGUCGAUGUCAAUGCCCAAUUCGCCGGCUUUGAAUACCAUGCUGUGUAUAUCGGCAUCUGCGCUUAUCUGGUCUGGAUGAUUAUCCCUGGUCUUGGUCUGCUGUACGGAGGACUGGCCCGCAGAAAGUCUGCCCUGGCGAUGCUAUACCAGUCCUUUGGAGUGAUCGGAGUCAUCUGCUUCCAAUGGAUGUUUUGGGGAUAUUCUCUGGCCUAUUCUCGCACUGCCAGUUCCUUCAUCGGUGACAUGGCCAACUUUGGCAUGCAGAACGUCACGGCAGCGCCAUCCCCGGGCAGCCCAUAUCUGCCUGAAAUCGUCUUCUGUCUCUACCAGCUGCUUUUCUGCAUUUGCACGGUGAUGAUCGUGGUCGGUGGCGCGUUUGAGCGCGGUCGUAUUAUCCCGUCUCUAUUUUUCGGGUUUUGGUGGGCAACGAUUGUAUACUGCCCUAUCGCUUGCUGGACCUGGAAUAGCAAUGGCUGGCUGUACAACCUCCCUUCCCUCGAUUACGCUGGAGGUGGGCCCGUUCACGUCGCCAGCGGUUGCUCGGCUCUCGCCUACGCUCUGGUCCUCGGCAAGAGAAAGCUUCACGGCCAUAGGACUGCGAUGAGACCACACAAUGUCUCAAUGGUUUUCAUUGGCACCUCUCUGAUCUGGUUCGGCUGGUAUGGCUUCAAUGGCGGAUCGACUCUCAACGCCACCAUUCGAUCCUUCUUUGCUGCAUGGAACACGAACGUCUCGGCGGGAAUGGGCGUCAUCGGCUGGUCCGUUGUCGAUAUGAUCCGAAAUAAGGGCAAGCUCUCCCUCGUGGGAGCAUGCGAAGGCGCAAUUGCAGGCCUCGUCGGUAUCACACCGGCUGCCGGGUACGUGUCGGUGUGGCUUGCUGCUGCCAUUGGUCUCAUCACUGCCAUGGUCUGUGCUGCGCUUCAGGAUGUCAACGACUGGCUACAUAUCGACGAAGGCAUGGAUGUGUUCAAGCUUCAUGGCAUUGGUGGAAUGGUCGGCUCCUUCCUGACCGGCAUCUUUGCCUCCUCAUCCGUGUCGUUGCUUGACGGCUCCACGGAUGCACCUGGUGGCGUCGACGGUGUUGGCGCCCAAGUCGCGAGGCAGCUGGCCGACAUCGCCGCCAUCUCCAGCUACUCCUUCACGGUCUCGCUCUGCCUUCUUUACAUCAUGAAGGUCAUUGGCAAGUACAUUCCAUUCAUGGCCCUCCGCAUCAGCGAGGAAGCUGAGAUCCGUGGUAUCGAUGAAGACCAAUUUUUCGAUGAGGAGGUUGGCGACUGGUCCUUGUUUGAGCAUAGUGGCAUCACACACGAGUCGAAGAUGGUUUCAACCCCUUCUACUCCGCCAGACGGGGCCGACAAGAAGACGGCGUCUGUUGAGCCAGACUCAGCAACGGCAUAA